CCUGAGGCUGUCCUGAGCGGCCGCUGACCGGCGCCCGGCAAGGCUUCCGUUUCGCUGGAAAACCACCUGCCGCCCACCGCCUUCCCGCCCACCGUUCGCUAUCCCGCUCCCCUCUCGCUGAGCUCGCCCGCUGCACGACCCGGGAUCCGUUGUUUUUCGUCGCCCCCCCAACCCGGGACGCCGACCCGCUUUCUCCCACCUCGACGCGCUCGUUCGACGCCGUCCGAUCGGAUUUACACACUCGAGAGUACCCUGGCGCCCGUUGCUCCACAACACUUCCUCCGCCCGAUGUGAAGAAACAUCGAGACGCGCCGCGCAGUCCGUCUUUUUGCCUGAUCCUCGAUCGCUCUCGACUGUUCAGUGCCGCCGACCGCCCCGCCGCCGCCGCCGCAGCCGCCGCAGCCGCGUGCACGUCAUCGUCGCUCUCGGCGGCUGCGAUUCCUACGGCGUCACACCUUGAACGGCCACCUCAAUGAUGGAUCCAUACGGGGACUCGCAGCCCACUCAACCAACACAAACGGUCGCCGACCCUAAGCGGCUAGGACAACUAACCUCGGGCUUCUCGGAUGAAGAAGUAUCCGACAUAAUAUGCCUCCUCCUCCCCUACUCCGAGGCCGCCCGCCAGGAGGUGAGGAGGAUGGCUGCCGAAGCCUCGCAGCACAUGGUGGGAAGGGAGGAUGUGGACAACUUGAGGGUGGACUACACGCGCGAGGACGACCUCCGGAGAUUCGGCGGCCUACAGUCCGACGUUGGAGAACACCAUAUCGCCCUGCGCUUUUCGUCGCAGGUCAAGGACCCCUCGCAAGGUUUCACUUUCGGGAGGCAUCCCGGCUGCUGCGACAUCUGCCUCCGGAACGAUCCGCACCGGCGUCUGAGCAAGAUACACUUCCGCAUCUUUUUGAACCAGUGGGGCGUCUUGAUGUUGGAGGACAUGUCUACGAACGGGACCGUGGUAGACGAUGUUCUGCUCAAGAAGAAAGACGGAGUGAGAACCGAGACGACGAGGACGCUGGAAAGCGGUUCCAAGAUCCAGAUCCUCAUGCACGAACCCGGCCGAGACCUGAGCUUCCUCGUUCGCAUCCCCAUCCGCGACGGCGCCUGCGAGGAAGCCUAUAAGCGCAAUCUGGAUGCGUAUCUGGCGAAACAGCUCCCGGCGGCUUAUGACGCCAACGAAACCAUCGUACCCGGGCCCGGGGGCCAUGUUGACAUUUUCAAGCCGCCUCCCGCGAAACAGCCAACCGGGAACGGGGCUGUCGUAGCACGCCGUGCCCAGGUCGCCGCAAAGCCUGCGAGCCGCUCCCGUGCGGACGCACUACCAAGGCCGUGGAACGGCUCAGACAAGUACAAGCGCGUCUGCGAGAUUGGCAGGGGCGCAUUCGCCACCGUACACAAGGUGACGUUGAGACACAGCGGCCAGCCCUUUGCGGCCAAGGAGCUCGACAAACGCAAGUUCAUGAAGAACGGCGUCCUGGACCAGAAGGUCGAGAACGAGAUGAGGAUCAUGCGAAAGAUCAAGCACCCAAACAUUGUGGAAUAUAUCGAGCACCUCGACUGGGACGAUAGGCUUCUCAUCAUUAUCAUGGAGUUUGUGGGCGGGGGCGACCUCGGCCGACUGAUCGCAGAAAAUGGCCCCUUGUCGGAAAGCGCCACGAAGACGAUGACGAGGCAGCUGCUGGACGCUCUUGGGUACCUGCACGACAUGAACAUCACCCACCGCGACGUGAAGCCUGAUAAUAUCCUGGUAGACUCCCUAGAUCCCUUCGUCGUGAAGCUCACCGACUUUGGGCUGUCCAAGAUGGUUGAUAACGAGCAAACUUUCCUCCGGACCUUCUGCGGAACGCUCCUCUACUGUGCGCCCGAGGUCUACUCGGAAUAUGCCGAGUACGACAACCACGGCCGCCGUCAUCCGCGCAACCGCCGCCUCCGUCCGGCCACGGGGCAGAGAUACGAUCACGCGGUCGAUGUCUGGUCGUUGGGGGGCGUCCUCUUCUAUGCCUUGACAAAGAGGCCACCCUUCCCGGCCAGGAACGGGGCCAGCCACUCCGAACUCCUUCACCAGAUCAUGACCAAGCCGCUGGAUAUCUCGCCGCUCAUCGAGGCGGAGAUCUCCGAGGAAGGCAUCGACUUCCUCCGUCGCAUGCUUGACCGGAGGCCCGAGACACGAGCUACGGUAAGCGCGCUUCAGGAACAUCCGUGGAUAUCCGGCUCCUUCACGACCGUGGCGCAAUCGUUCGAUGAGGCCGCAGACGAGGAACUACACGUAAACGCCUCUCAGCUGAGCCUCGACGACAACGAGAGGGGUCAGGGCGGGUGCCGAGAACUGCGUGUUCCUAGCGACGACGAGAUAUCGGACGACGACGAGGACGUCGACUUCGAUGCGGCCCAGCCGGCCGAUUACGAAUCCGAAAAGGAGAACUACACGUUCGGUCCAGAUAAUCGACCGCAGCGACUGUUCGGCGAAGUCGGUCCGUCUGCAGUCAGGAGUACUGGCGCCGUAGCGUCGAAUCGUCUCAACUUGCCGAUAUCGCCGGCAAGCUUCGGCUCGACUGGCACGACGGAGAUUCUCGGCAACGAGACGGAGAUCAAGGACAGCUUCGAGUCGGAGGACCAGUCUACCCCUCGGCAGAAGCCACAAAAGUCACAGACCUCGCCGGGACUUGGACUUGUUCAUCAACCCUCGCUGCAGUCUGCAGGCCAGAGCAGGUCCGUCGACGAGCUCAACAACAUGACGUUCGACGUGGCGUCUCAGAGCCUCGGCGGCGCCGAGUCGAUCCUCGAGAACCUCAACAUGAAGUCUCGUGCCGGCUCCCUCCUGCGCUCGCAUGCCACUGGCGACUUGAACUCGAGCAAACGGAAGCCCUCGUCCGACAGCGGCGAGGAAGACAACGUCCCCGUUCCAGGAGAACGGCGCGGCCUCAAGAGGCUCCGCUCCGCAGCUUCGGCCAAACUCUCAGCCAAUCACCGGGCCGUUGAGGACGGCGAGUAUGAGCUCCUCGCACAGAUGCCGUCCAUUCUGCGGGCCCAAUCCGGGCGGCAAAUCGACAAUCCCGUACAUAAGUCUACAUAUUGGUCAGCGCAGGACAGGAGGACGUGGCACCUCAACUAUCCGGAGAUGACGCAGCUACAGCUCGAUGCGUUCAAAACGGCCGCCUCGGCCAGGGAAGAGGAAUUCGGCCCGGGCAAGACCCCCCUCUGGGACCUGGCUAUGAAGUACUUCCCGCCCACCAAUUGCGAGCGCCGCGGAGCCGCAACCAAAGAGUCGGCGGACCAUGCAGAGAACGGUGUGCUCCUCCCCUCCACGGCCGGCGCAGACGCGACCGUUCCUGCUACCCCCCCGCCCGCGGACGACCCGGGACCGCUGCUCGUCAUGCCGAUGCAGUCCGAUCCGGGGCGGCCGGUCGUCGCGUGCCUGCAGUCGGCGCCAGGGUCCGCCAUCCCCGGCGUUUCCAUCAUGAUUACCGAGUCGAUGGUGUCAUGGGGUCGGGCCAACGAGAACACGCGCUCUUAUCCUCACAAGUACGACCUCAGGGUGCCCAAGUAUGCCUUCAGGAUCCUCCUCUGGAAGCAGGACUACGACCCGGCCAAGAACUUCCGGCCGUGGAACCGCGCGCCCGAGGCGGACGAGAAGUCGUUCCACUUUUACAUCUCGACCAAGGCGACCGCCGGUAUUCACGUCAACGGCGUCCACCUGCCCUCGGACGACGCCAAGAACCCUGCCAACCCGUCCACCUACUGGAUGGCUCUCUACGACGGCGACCGGGUCUCGGUCUCGCAGACCCCCGACAGGAGCGUCGUCUCGGAGCUCAUAUUCCGCUGCGGCUGGGGCGGCAGUGCCAAGUCCCGCGCGAGCCUGGGCCUCCCGCGCAAGCCCGAGCUCGCUCCCGAGGCCGUGGCAAGCAAGCUCGACGAGGUGUGCGUCAAGACGGAGCGCAAGGUGCGCAGCCUGAGCGAGCACGACCUCAAGAUGGAAGAGGCCAACCACGACGUGGAGGAGCGCAUGCGUCGCGUCGACCGCGAGCGACAGCGCUCGCGCGAGUUCGAGGCCCGCCGCCUCGAGGCCUGCCGCGCGCUCGGGAUUCGUAGGGUCAGUCCCGCGCCGGGCAUCACGCUCGGCGAGGAAUCGGCCACCCAAACGCCCUGGAGCUCGUACGUGCCCGGCGCCAGGACCGUGCCGACAUACCGGCAUGCCUCUCCUGCUACGCUAGAGCUGCUGAGGGCCGCGAAGAGGGGGUAGUGAGAGCUGGCUGGGCUGUUCUUGAGAUUAUUUUUUUUUCUUGUUUUGUUCCAUGUACCGACCGCCACACACCCCCUUCUUUCUCUCCUGGUUCAUGUGUCAUUGUUGUAGACACCGACAUUGACACUGCACCCUGUUCUUGCCGUCUUAUCCGCGGCUCCGAUUUCUGCAUAUCAUCCUUGAUACCAUCUGUUAUCCCCAU